AUUAAACUUAUUUAUUUUCCUUUCAUGUGUUUUUACAGGUCAAAAAUGCCUUGUAAAUUUUGAAUUUACAGUGAACUACAUCGCGUCUCCGUAAAUCUGACCUGUAACUUCACCUCGUGUCGUAACCUGCUUCUCUCCAUUGUGAUGGAUAAGUUUAAUGCAAUAGUGUGUACCAUUCCAGACAAAGCAAUAACAUCCAUGGAGACAAGCUGGUGCAGUGCACAUUUGUAAACAAUUGGACUACAUGGAUCUAAUUGGAGCCUCCUUUACACUGUGUUAAUCUGACUGUUACUGCUGAGUGGAUGGGCUGUGGAUUAGGGGCUGGUUAGCUGUCCACACGGAGAUUGCUGUACUAAAUACACUGAAGUUGAAGGACACUCAUUACUGUUACUAUUGCUACUACUACUACUUCAAAUACUACCCAGAAGUCAUGAGUCAGAAGGUGGUCCUGAUCACCGGCUGCUCCUCAGGAAUUGGUCUGGCUCUGGCUGUACGCAUCGCCAAAGAUGAGAAGAAGAGGUUUAUGGUGUAUGCAACCAUGAGGAACCUGUCCAAAGGGGAGGCCCUGGUGGAGGCAGCGGGGAAGACACUGGGUCGGACUCUGGAGAUCAAACAACUGGAUGUGUGUGAUGGGAGAUCCAUCAAGGCCUGUGUGGACAGCCUUCCCGAGAGGAGGGUGGACAUCCUCAUAAGUAAUGCAGGCAUGGGGUUGAUUGGACCGAUCGAGUGCCAGACCAUAGAGGAGAUGAAGACAGUGAUGGACACAAACUUCUUCGGCCUGGUGCGUCUGAUGCAGGAGCUUCUCCCUGACAUGAAGAGGAGGAAGAGGGGGCACAUUGUGGUCAUCAGCAGCGUCAUGGGCAUCCAAGGAAUCCUUUUCAACGAUGUCUAUGCUGCCUCUAAGUUUGCCGUGGAGGGCUUUUGUGAAAGUUUAGCUGUUCAAGCCCUGAGAUUCAAUCUGAAUAUCAGCCUGAUUGAGCCUGGUCCAGUCAUCACAGAGUUUGAGCGUAAAGUCUAUGAGGAGGGACUGAAGGUGGACCUGAGUAAAGCUGAUAAAGUGACUGCAGACAUGUUCACAAACAUCUACCUGAAGAACUACAGCCAGAUCUUCGAGACAAUGGGACAGAUGCCAGAGGACAUUGCAGAGCACACUUUAAAGAUCAUCACAAUGGACAACCCUCCGUUCCGUCACCAGACAAACACACUGUACACUCCCAUGACCACUUUGAAGUAUGCUGACCCCAACGGAGACCUGCCCAUAGACACCUUCUACAAGAUGGUCUUUGAACAUGACAAAGUGUUUAAUGCCAGUCUCAACUUCAUCAAGCUGCUGCGCUGGAGGAGCCGCAAGAGCUUCACUCUAGACAAAGACAAAGCCUCAUAAAUGGGCUGUGCCUCUGAAAUAUAAUGUUUGUAAUAUGAUGUUGUCAAGUAUGAGAAAGGUUAUUGCAAGGAAAGAUAUU